AUGGGAAUCCUACAGGACGAUGAGCUGGUUACAGACAUCACAAGUGGAAACAAAGAGCAGGAUGACAAUGUAGCACAGCAUCCUUCUGAAGAAUGCAAAAGCUCUGUUGAACAGCAUCUGAAAGCCUAUAACCUCCAGUGUGACAGUGAAGUCAUUUUAAAUGGUCUUAAUACUGACAGUACUAAUGACCUCCUAGAAAGUCAGAAGAUAAAAACAAGUACACCAGUCUACAAAACACGGCCUAAACAAGAGAUAGUGAAUGAUUUUGUUGACGAGGAUGACUUUCUGAAGGCAGCGCUGGAUAACAAAUUGCCAAUGAUCAAAAGUUACCUCACCAGAGGUGCAGACCCAAAUGCCUGUGAUAAUUUCAACCGAACAGCUUUGCACAGAGCUUGCUCACAAGCAAACGUGGAGAUUGUGCAAACGCUGCUGGAGGCCGGUGCUUCAAUUGAAAAUAAGGACAAGCUUCAAGCAACUGAAGUUCACUGGGCUUGUCGUGGUGGCAGUUUGCCUGUGCUGGAAGCACUACUUAAUCAUGGGGCAAAACUGGAUUCCAGAGACAAGCUUCGCAGCACUCCCCUUCAUGUAGCGGUCAGGACAGGACACCAUGAAUGUGCUGAACAUCUCAUACACUGUGGCGCAGACAUCAAUGCAAAAGACAUAGAGGGUGACACGCCACUACAUGAUGCGGUCAGACUGAAUCGCUUCAAGCUCAUCCAACUUCUUCUGUUGCACGGAGGUGACUUAAAACUCAAGAAUUGUGAGGGAAAGUCACCAAUGGACAGUGUUUGCGAGUGGCAGAAUGAAGCUAAAACCAUCUUUGACAACUUUAAGGAUGGAAAAAAGUAGAUGCAAUACUUGACCACCAUAGGUGCGCUUUGGGCAUAAUACACUCAAAAACCUGCAUUUUUAGAUUGCCUGCAUAUUAGAAUCUGAUAUCUAAGGAAGGUAUAUUA